GGAGAAGUCAAGAAAGGGGCGCGGGUCACGUGAUGCUGAGGGUGGGGUCUGACGGAAGCGGGCGCAGCGCUGGGUGCCGCGCGGAUCUGACAAGAUCCAAGCUGCACGAGAAUGGACAGUGAGGUACAGAGAGAUGGAAGGAUCUUGGAUUUGAUUGACGAUGCCUGGCGAGAAGACAAACUGCCAUAUGAGGAUGUCGCAAUACCACUGAAUGAGCUUCCUGAACCUGAGCAGGACAACGGUGGCAGCACGGAAUCUGUAAAAGAACAAGAAAUGAAGUGGACCGACUUGGCCUUACAGUAUCUCCAUGAGAACGUUCCCCCUAUAGGAAACUAACACCUGGCUCCUUUUUCAUGGACGGAUUUUGUUUUUAAUAUAUAAGACACCAAGGUGGCUCAGUGGUUAAGCAUCCAACUCUUGAUUUUGGCUUAGGG